AUGGCUAUUUGGGAAGUGCUGGUGCCUGGGGCCCUCCUCCAAGAAGACUGUGAUGUCAACUCUUGCCACCCCCAGCUGGGGGACCUGAUGGUGGGCCGCGCUGCCCAGCUCUCAGCCUCCUCCACCUGUGGACGGAACGGGCCCCAGAACUACUGCAUCCUCGGAUACCUGGAGGAUGGGCAGAAGUGUUUCAAAUGUGACUCCAGGCAGCCCUACAACCUCUACAACAACCAAAACAGCCACCAGAUUGAGAAUGUCAUCACCACCUUUGGCCCUGAGCGCAAGAUGAAGUGGUGGCAGUCUGAGAACGGGGCUCAUCAAGUCAGUAUCCGGCUGGAUCUGGAGACUCUUUUCCAGUUCAGUCAUCUCGUCCUCACUUUCAAGAGUUUCCGUCCUGCCGCCAUGCUGGUGGAGAGGUCCAAAGACUACGGGUACAGUUGGAAGGUGUUCCGCUACUUUGCCGAGGACUGUGCCUCCCACUUCCCUGGGGUCUCACAAGGGCCGGCUGGCAGCACCGAUGACGUCGUCUGUGACAGCAGAUACUCCGCCUCAGAGCCGUCUACUGACGGAGAGGUGGUGUUGAAGGCUCUAGAUCCAAGCUUUGACAUAGAGAACCCAUAUGCUCCUCAUAUUCAAGAGCAGAUCACCUUGACCAACCUGCGGGUCAACUUCACCCAUCUGUUCACCCUGGGUGACACCCUACUGGGGCGGAAGAAGAGGAACCCUCAGGAGAAGUACUACUAUGCCCUGUACGAAAUGGUGGUGCGCGGCAGCUGCUUCUGCAAUGGCCAUGCCAGCAUGUGCAUGCCGGUGGAUGGCACCCGGGGUGACGUUUUAAAUGAGCCUGGCAUGAUUCACGGGCGCUGUGUAUGCCAACAUAACACUGUGGGCACAAACUGUGAGAGAUGCCAGGACUUUUACAACGAUGUCCCCUGGAAGCCGGCCGGCCAAACUGACCCACAUGUCUGCAGAAGGUGUAACUGUCACGGUCAUUCGGAGACGUGUCACUUCGACAUAGACCAGUACCAGGCCAGUGGGAGGGUCAGUGGGGGGGUGUGUGACGGCUGCCGACACGACCGCAUGGGUCCCCAGUGUGAACGCUGCCGACCCUAUCUCUAUCAGGACCCCCAGCUCUCCAUGGAAGACCCUCGGGGCUGUAUCCCGUGUGACUGUGACCUGACGGGGUCCCUGGAUAAUGGCCUGUGUGACCCUGUGUCGGGCCGCUGCAUGUGUAAGGAGAACGUGGCGGGGGACAGGUGUGAUCGCUGUAAAUUUGGCUUCUACGGGUUCAGCCAGGAGGACCCCACUGGCUGCCAGAGGUGCAGGUGUAACUUCCUGGGUAGUGUCCUGACCCCCUACCCAUGUGACCAGGUGACAGGCCAGUGUGUAUGUCAACGCCUCGCCAUGGGACCCCUGUGUGACCAAUGUCUGCCAGGCUACUGGGGUCUGGGGAACACUGUACACACCUGCUCACCUUGUGACUGUGACCAUGGAGGAGCCUACAGCAGCACGUGCUCUUCAUUGGACGGCCAGUGUCAGUGCCUGCCAAACAUGGUGGGUCGGAGCUGUGGGGAUCCUGCCCCUGGACAUUUCCUGGCUGCUCUAGACUACUACCUGUACGAGGCAGAGAACGCUGCCCCACUGGAGGGAAAAAACUCCUCCUCUCUGGUGAAACCCACAGACCUGCCUGAGUGUGAGGAAUACUACAGACAGCAGGGCUAUGACAUCAAAUAUCAAAAUGGCCGCUUGGUCCUGACCAGGAGAAGCAAAAGACAAGCCAGGAGGAGAAGACAGGGACAGAGGUCCAUUCCCCUGGACCCGGGCUCAGCACUCCAGAUUGUGCCCCGGGAGAGGACACCAGAUGUACCAAUCACUUGGACCGGUCCAGGAUUCGUGCGGGUCCUGGAUGGUGCUGGGCUUAGGUUCACUGUGGACAACCUCCCAGCGUCCCUCGACUACCAUCUAGUCAUCCGCUAUGAACCAGAGUCGCCAGAUGACUGGAUGGCCUCUGUGAAUAUUGUUCCAUUAUUGGCUGGUGACGGAGGUUGUCCCACUAACCCGAAAGGGGAGAAAACCCUCAACAUACCUGGGGCUGCCAGGGUUGCCAUUUUGGAUACACCUGUGUGUCUGAACACGGGAAGUAGAUAUUAUGUGGACAUCACUUUUAGGAAGCAGCCCAACUCUAACCCUCAGUCCAGCUCACAUACCCUCAUCGACUCAAUGGGUCUGAUCCCUAAGAUGGAGUCUGUGCAGGACUUCUGUUCGCAGAGUGAGCUGGACUCGUUCAGAAGAUUCCGCUGUUUUGAGUUGGCUGCUGAGCAGGAGACCCUGCCUGAUGUGUGUUAUGGCCUCAUUGGAAGCCUGUCGGCUCGCAUACACAACGGUGCCAUGCUUUGCAGGUGUAACAUCCAGGGUUCUCAUGGCCCAUACUGCAGUAAAUUCGGAGGGCUCUGUGAAUGCAAGGCCAACGUGGUUGGCCGCUGCUGUGACUCCUGCGCCCCUCUGAACUUCGGCUUCGGAUCCAACGGCUGUGCACCCUGUGAGUGUGACCCUCGCGGUGCAGUGGCGGAGCUGUGUGACCAGGUCAGAGGUCAGUGUCCGUGUCGUAUGGAGGUGGGCGGGCGACGCUGUGAUCGUUGCCUGUCAGGGUACUACGGCUUCCCACUGUGUCGGCCCUGUAAGUGCAACGGCCUGGCUGAACUGUGUGACCAGGACACUGGAGCCUGUCUGGACUGCAGGGAACACUCCACCGGAUACAAUUGUGAGAGCUGUGUGGAGGGUUACUUGGGUGACCCAGUCUCCAGGGAGCCCUGUAAGCCUUGUCUGUGCCCUGACACUCAGUCCAGUGGACGGUUCUUUGCCAGCACCUGCAACAAGGACCCAGAGUCUGGUAGCCUGACUUGUGACUGUCUGGCUGGACACACAGGUCUCCGCUGCGAUGCCUGCUCCGCUGGUUUCUACGGCGGCCUGACCGUGCCGGGCAGCGGCUGCGACGAGUGUCUCUGUAACAACAACAUCGACCCUGCUGACAGUGACGCGUGUGACAGUGUGACGGGCGAGUGUUUGCGUUGCCUCCACAACACCCAGGGACCCCGCUGUCAGAGCUGUAAGCCUGGCUACUAUGGAGAUGCACUGGCUCAGGACUGCAAAGAGUGCUCCUGUGACCGGCAGGGGACGGAUGUGACCCAGUGCCCUCUGGGCAGCCCGUGUUUCUGUGACCCGCUGACCGGUCAGUGCCCGUGUCGGGUGGGCGCGGUGGGAACGCUGUGUGACGAGUGUGCCACCGGCUUCUGGAACAUUCAGGGAGAGUACGGGUGCCAACCGUGCAAAUGUGACCCUGCUAACUCCUUCAAUAACCACUGUGACAAGGUGACUGGUCAUUGCCAGUGUCGUACUGAGUUUGGAGGAAGACAGUGUGAUGAGUGUGGGGAAAAUCACUUUGGGAACCCUGACCUGCAGUGUGUUUCCUGCGAUUGUAACAUGGAGGGUACCGCCCGCCCCGCCUGCAACCCAUUGACGGGUGAGUGUCUGUGCCGCGUUGGUGUGAUGGGUAUCUUCUGUGAUGAGUGUGCCCCUGGGUAUGACCAAGUCUUCCCCGCCUGCUUCCCGUGCCACCCCUGUGCUGUCCUGUGGGCGGACAACGUCACCGACGUCCACCGUGCCGCCCAGAGGAUGCGCACCUUCAUCCCUGACCACGGCGGACAGCUGGAGCCUGGACACAGUCGUCAGUUGCAACGAAUGCUGGAGAUGCACUCCAAGCUGGACUAUCUGGGGAACCUGACAGGGAGAUCUCUACCUCGGGUGAAAGACGUGGAGAAGCUGUGUGUCAGAAUCUCGAAACUCAAAGACUCCAUAGACCCCAACGCCAUCAUCGUGGACUCAUCAUCUCUUCUGAACACUGAGAUCGACAACAUCCACCACGAGUUCAAGAUGCUGUUGGAUAACUUAAGGAACAAAAUCGGCGAGGCUCCAACACUAGAUCUAAAGGAAAUGCAGGAGGCCCUGGGUAAGAUCCGGAAGCAGCAUGCAGACUUCAUGGCUGAUGAGAAGAAGGUGAAGGAGGCCGAGAGGGCCCUGGAGAACUCCAUGGACACACGGCAGGAAAUCAAAGACCAUCUUUCCAGCUGCAGCAUCUUGGGAGACAUGGAGGGGCUGGAGAAGAAGGUCAAGGCUCUGAGUGUGGCCAAACUCAACAAAAAUAUCUGUGGAGGCCCAGGUGAUGAGGAAUGCUCCAAAUCAGAUUGUGGGGGUGCGCUGUGUCGAGACUUCCUGGGACAGAGAGAAUGUGGGGGUCCUACGUGCAAGGGCAGCUUCCCUGUGAGCCACAACGCCACAAAAACAGCUGAGCAAGUAGAGAAUGACCUUAUCGACCUGCUCCAAAAACUAAAGGACUCCAAGAUCAAGAUCAAUGAGGCCAAACAGAUGACCCAAGGCACCCAGGAGCAGGCAGAGGAUCUACAGAAGAAGAUCACUGACAGCAAGGAGAUGUUUAAGAGGGAGAAGAAUGACACCAAGGACCUCAUCAAUAGGGUCAAAGACUACCUCACAGAUGAGAUGGUGGCACCAGAGGACAUAGAGAAUUUGGUCAAGGCUGUUCUGGCCAUCCAGCUGCCGGGAUCUCCGGGCGACAUCCGCUCCAUGAUCCAGAACAUCCGGGGCGUGCUGACCAACUUCAUUGAGUUCAAGGUGGAUCUGGAAAAGCUAAAGGACCAAGCCAAGACAGCCCAGGACCUGCUGGAGAAAGCUCAGGAUAUCAGGGACAGAACCAAGGGUAUUGAUGUUACGGAUCUCAAGAAAACCAUGACGGACACUGAGAAUACACAGGACAAGGUCGAGCAAGACUUGGAGAAGGCUAAGGAAAGCAAUGGCAUGGCGGACAAGAUGAUUAAAGAGAUUGAGAAGAAACUGAACAACAUAGAGACUAACUUGAACUCUACUAGAACUCCAGAGAUGCUGGAGGAGAUUGAGGUUCUGAAGAGCAAGACAGAGAUGAACAGAGAGCAGGCGGGGCAGGCCAAAGCUGAUGCAGAUGCAGCCAUAGGUGCCGCUACUGACGCAGAGAAGGGGCUUGACAAGGUGACUACGCUGUUUGGUAGGCUAAAGACGGGAAACACAAACCAGAACAAUAAUGAAGUGGCCAACGAACGCCUGAAGAACAUUACUAUGGAGGCAGAGAAAGUCGCAAAAGAUGUCCAAGAUAAAAUUCAACAAAUUGACGACUUGGAGAAAAAGAUCCAAGACUUCAUCAGAAACAAAGAGGACAAGGCCAAGGAGGUUGCCAUGUUGCUGGAGAUGGUAGAAGCCCUCCAAAAGGAGAUUGCUGCGCGUGUGGAUGGUUACAUUAACUGUACCUCCUAACACCCCCAGGUGGAUCAAGAGAUGAUUCAGGGUCACAGACAUCUGAUCUGGACCGCUGCGCCACAAAAGGCCCUGCAUCUCAGUGCAAGAGGUGUCACUACAGUACCUGGUUCGAAUCCAGGCUGCAUCACAUCCGGCCGUGAUUGGGAGUCCCAUAGGGCGGCGCACAAUUGGCCCAGCAUCGUCCGGGUUUGGCCGGGAUAGGCCGUCAUUGUAAAUAAGAACUUGUUCUUAACUGACUUGCCUAGUUAA